UCCCUCCCAGCACCUACUUUCUCUCCAUCCCAUUCCCUCGAGACUCGGAGUUGUCUUUUGUUUAUUGUUUGUUUUAAUUUCUCCGUCGGAGCUGUCCUCUUCUCUAGAUAUUCUUCACAAUGUCCGUACAGGUCACCCCCUCCAAGCAGGCUGCAUCUUCUCUUGAGAACCUUAAGAUGAGCGAUUCUCCUAUCAAGAAGCUCAACUUCGGAGCUGUCGACAAGGAGAAUGCCCCCAUGUCGACCGCCAUCGUUGACACGACCAUCACAAAGCCAAUUGCAGAGAAACCUUUGGAAGCUCCCAAGGUUGCUCCUGGCAUUAAGGAAAUGGAGGCCAAUGAGCCUCUGCUUCAAGAGAACCCCCACCGCUUCGUCCUAUUUCCCAUCAAGUAUCAUGAGAUCUGGCAAAUGUACAAGAAAGCCGAGGCCUCUUUCUGGACUGCCGAAGAAAUCGAUCUUUCCAAAGAUCUCCACGACUGGAACAACCGCCUCAACGACGACGAGCGUUUCUUCAUCUCCCGUGUCCUUGCCUUUUUUGCCGCUUCCGACGGUAUUGUCAACGAGAACCUGCUCGAGCGCUUUAGCGGUGAGGUGCAGGUUCCUGAAGCUCGUUGCUUCUACGGAUUCCAGAUUAUGAUUGAGAACAUCCACGCUGAAACCUACUCGCUCCUGAUCGAUACCUACAUCAAGGAGCCCAAGCAACGUACCUACCUUUUCGAUGCCAUUGAUACCAUUCCCUGCAUUACCAAGAAGGCUCAAUGGGCUCUCAGGUGGAUCCAGGAUCAGGAAUCUACCUUUGCCCAACGUCUCGUAGCUUUCGCUGCUGUUGAGGGUAUCUUUUUCUCUGGCUCCUUUGCCUCGAUCUUCUGGCUGAAGAAGCGUGGCCUGAUGCCUGGUCUCACCUUCUCCAACGAGCUCAUCUCCCGUGAUGAGGGUCUUCACACUGACUUUGCCUGCUUGCUGUUCUCUCACCUCAACAACCGCCCUAGCAAGAAGGUGGUUGAGGACAUCAUCAUUGAGGCUGUUGCCAUUGAGAAGGAGUUCCUGACAGAGGCUCUGCCUUGUGCUCUCCUCGGCAUGAACUCCAAUCUGAUGUGCCAGUAUAUUGAAUUCGUUGCCGACCGUCUACUGGUCGCUCUCGGCAACAAGAAGUACUUCAAUGCCACCAACCCCUUCGAUUUCAUGGAGUCUAUCUCCCUUGCUGGCAAGACCAACUUCUUUGAGAAGCGUGUGGGUGAUUACCAGAAGGCCGGUGUUAUGGCCAGCACCAAGAAGGACGCCAAUCAAGAAGAGAAGUCCAGUAACGAUAGCGGUCUCAGCUUCGACGAGGACUUUUAAACAGCAUUGCGCAUUAUACCCGGAUUGUCUUAUUGGCACCAUAAUUUUUUUUUCCGUUUUCUUGUUUGUGCUCCUCUCUGCUUUAUUGAUUGAUGAUUUUACUUGAAGGAUACGCAUGGGUCUGGCGUUCACAGGCGGAUUUCUUUUGUUUAAUGUAUGAUGGUACUGUCUCAUCUGUAUUCUAGGUGGUCGGCAGGCUUUGUAUUUGGGUAAAUAUGAUGUCGUGUACACCGUUGGAUAUUUGCGCUGUUAUAAUAAUAUCUUUCUCUUGUACGAGUUCCAUCUACUUUGAAAAUAACUCUCCCCAUAUCAC